AUGAGGAGUGACAUAAGUCCAUUAAUAAGUUUUAUUCUUCUACCAUUACUUUUUUUAGUACCAGACUGUGCUGCAAGAAAAGCAGCUUCAGUAUAUGAUUACAUUAUUGUUGGUUCGGGCCCUGGUGGCGCAACAGUAGCUACACGUUUAGCGUUAAACAAUUUCAGCGUCUUAUUAAUUGAAGCUGGUCCUGAUUAUGAUGGUGGUGAUACUAGAACACCGGGAUUUUGGGCACAAACUCAAUUAAAUUUACCUAUAACUAUUAAUUUUUAUCCUUAUCUCUAUUCGAAAGAAAAUGGCACAACAAUAUUAUAUCCACGAGGAAUGAUAUUAGGUGGUAGUGCACAAUUGAAUGCAUUAGUAGCAAUGACGGUAAAUCCAUCUGAAUGGGAUAACAUAGCAGCGAUUACUGGUGAUUCAAAUUGGAGUUCACAAAAUAUGAUAGGAAAAUAUCAACCAUUCGUAGAAAAUUGUCAAUAUUGUUUAAAUAAUGAUACCGAUAAAAAUAAAAAUGGUUGGGCAGAUAUAUCAGCACCAGCUUAUAGGAAACCUUCGUCACAGUUGAAUAUAACUAAUCCUGCUAUUAAUACUUUAUUCGAAGCUAUUAAUGAACGUUUAAAUUAUAAUCCAAAUGUUAAUGAAAAUAAAUCUUAUGAUAGUUGGUUUUAUUUACCUCAAUCGAUUAAUCAAGAUGAAGGUAUAAGAUCCAGUACUUAUAAACGUAUAAAAAGUGUUCAAUCACUUCGACCAUCGAAUUUUCAUAUAUGGACAAAUACAUUUGUUACAAAAUUAAUUAUUGAUCCAACAACAAAAAAUACAUGCGGUGUACAAUAUGUAAAAGGUUCAAAUCUAUACAAAGCCAGUCCAUUAGCAUCACCAUCUCUAAAUAUUAAAAAUGUAAAAAAAUCAGUAAUCUAUGCAAAACGUGAAAUUAUUGUAUCAGGUGGACAAUGGUUGUCGCCACAAUUGUUACAACUGAGUGGUAUUGGUGAUCGUACUCUAUUAGAAAAGUUGGGCAUUCCAGUUAUACAAGAUUUACCAGGCGUUGGUAAAAAUCAACAGGAACAUAGUGAAAUAUCAUAUAUUGUUAAAUUAAAGACAAAUGAAAAUAUAUAUGAAUCGAAUAAUUCUAAUUGUAUUUUCAAUAAAACAUCUAAUGAUCCAUGUUUAAUUGAUUAUUUAAAUAAUCCAACAGCGAGUAUUUAUUCAUCGAAUCUUAAUAUUUUUUCUAUAUUUCGUUCUGCUGAACCAAUUGUACCAAAUUUUCCCGAUAGUAUAUUUCUCUUUGUACCCCAACGAUUUACUGGUAUUCGAACAAAUUGGUUACAGACAAUGGCACAGUAUCCUUUUGGAACAUAUUUAACUGUAGAUAUAGAACUUGGACGUAAUAAAAAUAAUUUAGGUAAUGUUUAUAUUCAAUCUACCAAUCCAUUUGAUACACCAUUAAUUGAAAUGAAACAUUUUCAAGAUGAAAAUGGACCGGUUGAAGUUAAUCAAUUUAUACAACAUAUUCGUUUUCUACGAGAUUUAUUCACUAAUAGUCAAUUUUCGAAAUAUGUUGAUUAUGAAGAUUUACCAGGUAGUCAAUUUCAGACUGAUGAACAAUUGAGUGCAUUCAUAUAUGAAUAUGUAUGGGGACAUCAUGCCUGUUGUACAAAUAAAAUGGGAAAUACUGAAACUGAUCCAUUAGCUGUAGUUAAUUCAAAAGCACAAGUCAAAGGUAUAAAUAAUCUACGUAUAUGUGAUAUAUCAAUAUUUCCAGUGAUACCUGGUUACUAUCCAAUGGUACCAAUUUUUAUGGCAGCUGAAAAAAUAGCUGAUGAUAUUAUCAUAGCAGCUAAAGGUUGA